UAAAAUGUGGCCAGCCCCGAGCCUGGGGACUCCGGGCUCCAGCCGCGGCCUGGUCGGGGUGCCCCUCUUCGUAGCCCGUGGAGGAGCUGUGGGUGCUGAGGGCCCCCCCGAGCUGCUCAGGGGGCACGGAACCGGUGGCCGCUGUGGAAAGCAGGACCACUUGCCUUUUGGUUCUCUCUUCUUCCCCCGUAACGUUAGAAUAAGCGUAUUUGUGUUUCAGGGUGAAGGUCAGGUAAUUAAUUCACCUUGAAAAUGAAGCUGCUCUAAGUGCUAAGUGUUCUCUUCCUCAGCCUCGUCACCCGUGGCUUUAUAAUUUCCUCUGGACCUUCUCUCGUUUAAAUGAUACAGAUACAAAUGUAUUGGGAACAACGUUAAACCAGGCAUUGUGUAAAAAUAGCAGAGUCCCUGAGAGGUCUGCAUCGUGAUUUCGGUUUGAGGAGCAUUCGGAAAUCACCACGGCAGAACGAGCAGGAGUAAGGGUGUGCCUGCUGCUGCUGGAGGUUGCUUUGGCUGGGGAGCCAGGCUGGGAAGCAGAGCCUGAGGUUGGGCUGGAAUCUGCUGUGCAGCUCUGGGCCGGUGGCUGUGAUGUCUGGCGUUCCCGCACCAGAUAAGGCAGAGGCGGCGAGCACUUGAGCGAAAACGGAGCGUUGCAGGCACCAGAUCGGCUCGCAGGUUUUCGGUUUUCUGAGUCCCUGAGACACACAUGCAGGAUGCUCGAGAGAGAUUUUCUCAGUCCUUCUCCAAAUAAUGCUCGGCUGAUGAGCACGUGCCCCUCUUCAUCGUGCUGUUUUUGAUGCAGGGCUUGUGUUUUGCAGACAAUGAGUGGAAAUGAGCACGACUGGCUGGCUCUCAAACCCCAGGAACCUUCCCCAUCCCAGUGCUGUGGCAGCGGCUGCAAACCCUGCAUCUAUGAUGUGUAUGAGAAGGAGCUUGCACAAUGGGAGAGGGCCAAAGCAAAGCAAGACAAAAGCCUCCUCAUGGAAAAGAAGGAGCAGAGCAAUAAUUCAGAACUGAAUCCAGAUACAUUUACUGCAUUCAACAUAAGCUCGGUGGAGCAGCUAACAGAGGACACCUACCAGUACAAAUUUGAAUUACCGGGAAAUAGCAGUCUGCGGUUGAGUUUAGGACAACAUAUCGUGUUAAGAGGAGUGGUGAAUGGUUUGGAGGUCCAGCGAGCCUAUACUCCGAUUAGCCGAGGGAAUGCAGAAGGCUACUUUGAAGUUUUAAUGAAAUGCUAUGAAGCUGGGCUAAUGUCACAAUACGUAAAAACGUGGAAAAAAGGAGACAUGGUCUUUUGGCGUGGGCCGUUUGGAGGGUUCCCAUAUCAACCUAAUAAGCAUGGAGAACUCCUCAUGCUGGCGUCUGGUACCGGCCUUGCACCAAUGCUUCCCAUCCUCCAGUCCAUAACAGAUGAUGAAGAGGAUGAAACUUUUGUAACUCUUGUUGGCUGCUUCCGUACCUUUGACAAAAUUUAUUUGAAACCUCUUCUCCAGGAACUGGCUCGAUACUGGAACGUCAGAAUAUUUUACGUCCUAAGCCAGGAAACUUCACUGGAAAAACUUCCUUGGAGCUAUCAGGAAAACACGUACACUGGUCGUCUCAAUGAAGACUUGAUGAAGACAAUAAUAAAUUCCUGUCGAAGAAGGCCAUUUGUAUUGAUCUGUGGCUCUUCUGCAUUCAAUGAAGAUAUGAGAAGAUACUUGAAAGCUGCAGGAAUCGAAGAAAAUUCCUGUUUUGUCUUUUAGCAGGAUAUUCCUGACCUAAGGAACUUUAGGCCAGGCCUUGGACCUCCUUGUUUCUCUGCAGACGUUGCUCAAAUUCAGUCAUCUCAAUCGACUGAGUUCCUUGUGCAUGUACUUUCAUAGGCCUUUGGAUCAAAUAUUUGUCUCCAGUAUGAUUCUCACUCUUGAGUGUUUUAAGGAGCAGGUGCCAUUCCAGAGUGGCUGCUAUGUGGUGUGCCACCCACACCUCGCAGAACAGCAUGGUAAUUUUAAUGGAAGUCUUCAAGUGCAAUUUUAAGAGAGAGAUCACCUAGGGGUACUAAAAAGCAUCCAAGUACGCAGCUCUGCUGUAAUAUGAAGACCAGUGAUUUGCUUUGCAAUCCCUGUUAGUCUGCAGUGGUAUUGUGCCCUGUUGGGAGAGACUUAGUCCUUACGGAGAAGACUGCCUGGCCAAGGGAGCAGCAGAGCACUGGCCCAGCACUCUGGAGUCGAUAGAGUUCAUUUCGGUUGUGUCAUUAUCUUGCUGGGUGAUACCAGGCAAGUCCCUUCAACCUCUCUGUGCCUCAGUUGCCCCGUUAUACACUAAUACAGAGAAGGCAGUGCUGAUCUUCUCCGAAAAGAGCCUUUCCAAUCAUAUACAGAAAAACUAUACAUAAGGAUGGAAUUAUACGUGAUGCCCAUUGAGGUCUUAGGCAGGCUGUCCUCCUGCCCUAGCACAGCCUGCAUUAUCUACCCUGGUCCUUAACCCUUGUAAUGCUGCCUGGGGAGAGAAAGAGUAUGUCCUAAAACUGAGAGAAAGCAUCCGGGUUGUAGCUGCUAUCUGUUGAGGAGGAUGGUUGUUUGCUUUCCAUGUCCCCUAAGUGUUGUGUAAUAGCCGUGGUUCAUUAAAUUGAAGCUCUUUUCAAAUAAACAGCUGCUGCUUUUUGUCAAAGGACUCUCUCAGGUGCCCAGGGGCAUGCCCUAAGCAUACAAGAACACCACCUGAGGGGUGAAAGCUUCACGGGGCUUUGCUGGGGUGCUCUCCUGUGGGGCAGGAGGCAGAGCCAAGGGCCUGCCCCGGGGGCUGGCAGCCCUGCAGCUGUGCUGGUACGGCACCCAGCCAGGGCACCCCAGCCCCUUCCUCCUCUUUCAGUCCACAAUGCUGCUGCCUUUCCUCUGAGAUAUCUGCUGUCCACUCUUUUACCUUCUUAGACCACUGUGUUUACUAACCACACCUGGAAAUACAGCCUUUCUGCACA